CACGCCAACACACCACACUGAGUGUGAAGAAGAGUGUACUUGGUGUAUCACACACACGCACACACACAAAACAGUAAUAUAGCAUGGAGGUAUGUGAUGUAUCAGGCACCAGGAGGAAGAGGCGGAGGAAGAGGAGGAGUAGAACUACAGGUCCAAGCAGUGGGGAGGAUUACCAAGACCAAGUGGACUACCAUCAUCCCUCAAACCAUCGUGGACCCUCCAAGAGAAAGCAGCCCUUAAUAGACCACAAGAAACAACAGUUUCCGUGUCAAAGAAGCUCCUGGACUUUGGCUCGUAAGACCGCCGUGGCACGUCUGAACGAGCUGACACCUGGUCUGCACUAUGAGGUUACAUCAAAGACCGGACCCCCGCAUGCUCCUGUGUUUUCCGUGGGUGUGGAUGUGAGUGGUCUUCACUUUGAAGGCCGUGGGGCCACAAAGAAAAAGGCUAAGAUGAGGGCUGCUGAGAUAGCCCUUAAGUCCUUCAUCCAGUUCCCGGAUUGCUCACAGGCUCACACCAACAUGGAGGACAUCAGGACCACCAGUGCGGAUUACACGAGAGACCACUUGGACCAGUUUGAAGUGUUUGGUUCAGAGGAUGAACGCUGCACCUUCAUAAUGGAAAAGAAGAAGGAGGUCUUUACUCAAGUCCUCAGCUCCUCCCUUUUAGGACAUCUUACUCCGAUGGCGCUGCUCGACAAACUGCGACCAGGACUGCAUUAUUUCUGCCUGACAGAGCGACUUCACUGCCGGCCCGCCAGGAGGUUCAUGGUGGUGGUCAGGGUAGACGGGAGGUUCUUUGAGGGGUGCAGCCACAGUAAAAGACUGGCCAAAGAGCGGGCGGCGGCCUUGGCUCUACGCAGCUUGUACAACGUAAGCGUGGGCCCUGACAGGACGCUGAUGGACAUUUACGACACCUCAUCAGAACUACCUCCGUUCUUUGCCGAGUCCAUCUUCCAGCUGGUGACACUGAAACGCCGCCAGCUGAUGGAUGACAGCGUCUAUGGCUACAAAGUAAUGGCUGCCAUUAUCAUGACCACAGGUUUUGACCCAAGAUCAGCUGAGGUGGUUUCCAUGGCAUCAGGGACCAAACAGCUGGAUGUUUGCAGUCACGACUGUACAGUACGCGACUGUCAUGCCGAGGUCCUCUGCAGGAGGGCGCUGCUGAGAUUCUUCUACGCUCAGCUGGAGCUGCUCAGUCAUCCUGAGUCCAUCUUUGUCCCGUCAACAAGCGGCGGCGUCUUCCGACUGCGAGACGGCGUUCGAUUCCACAUGUACGUGACCUCGUCGCCAUGCGGGGACGCUCGUCUCAACUGUCCCUACGAGACCAACGCCUCAUACGCCAACAGGAGGUUGCACUGUCACCUCAGGAAGAAAGUGAUUGGGGGUGAGGGCACGCUGCCCAUCACAGCCAAUCAGAAGAGAGAGGCUGUGUUGUCGGGUAAACCUGAAGGCAGCAUGUCCUGCACUGAUAAAAUAGCAAAGUGGUGUGUUGUCGGCCUGCAGGGGGCGCUCUUGUCACACUUGUUGGAGCCUGUCUACCUGCACAGCUUGACCGUGGGGACGCUGAGUCACACAGGUCACCUGCACCGGGUCUUAACGCGCCGUCUGGCACCCGUCCGACGCCCCCCGUACCCGUACAGACGCCAGCAGCCGCUCCUCGCCUGGGUUCGCAGUGGCGAGCGGCGUGCAGCUGGGAAAGCAUGGAGCGCCAGCAUCAACUGGAGUCUCGGCGACGAAGACGUGGAGGAGAUCAGCGCGUCGUCAGGUAGACACCUGUGCUGCGGAACCCCGUCGAGGCUCAGUCGACGUCGUUUGUUCGCCCGCUGGCAGUGGCUGCACAAGCAGAUGAGAGGUUGGACGCCAGAGGACGCCGAGAGGACGCACGCCGGCUGGAAGGAGGCAGCCGGACAGUACCAAGGGGUCAUGCAGCGGUUUAAGAAAGCUCUGCGUGGCGCCGGCCUCGGAGUUUGGACCAGGAAAGUUCCAGAAGAAAAGAGUCGUGUUGACGUCAUGGAGGGUUAGCUUAUUAGUGAGGAUGUGAGACACACCUUCAAAGCAU